UUGAGCCCUAACACCAUGCAGAGUUCUGAUGGGGAGAUAUUUGAAGUUGAUGUUGAAAGCCAGGCUGUGAAUAUCAAGGCCAUACUGGAAGAUGUGGGAACAAAUGAUGAAGGAGAUGAUGACCCAGUCCCUUUACCAAAUGUUAAUGCAGCAGUAUUAAAUCUCAUUCAGUGGUGCACCCACCAUAAGGAUCCUCCUCCUGAGGAUGAUGAGAACAAGGAAAAGUGAUCGGAUGACACCCCUGUUUGGGAUUAAGAAUUCCUGCAAGUUGACUAAGGAACACUUUUCCAGCUAGUCCUAGCAGCAAACUACUUAGACAUCAAAGGUUUGCUUGAUGUUACAUGCAAGACUGUUGCUAACAUGAUCAAGGGGAAAACUCCUGAGGAAAUACGCAAGACCUUCAAUAUCAAAAAUGAUUUCACUGAAGAAGCAGCAGCCCAGGACCAAGAGAACCAGUGGUAUGAGGAAAAGUGAAAUUUUGUGCCUGAU